AUGGCGAGCCGCCGCGGAGCGCCUCCGCUGCCCCUCCGGCUCCGGCGGCUCCUACGGUCGCCGAUCCCUCGCUGCGCUUGCUUCAUAGUCGCAUUGACGGUGCUCCUUGUCGUCCUCUCACUUCGCCAGAUCGCCCGCGUCGACCUGCCCCGCCCGGACCUGCCCCACCAGGUGCCGAAUGAGCAGCUGUGGGGUUCUAAUGCCUACGGUUAUCAUGCUUGUGUCACACCAACCCACAGAUAUAUUGCUCCAAUAGAGUCGGACCACUAUAUGACUGUUAGAAGUAAUGGAGGACUCAACCAAAUGCGAACUGGAAUCUGUGAUAUGAUUGCAGUAGCCCGCUUGGUGAAUGCAACACUUGUUAUUCCUCAGUUAGACAAGCGAUCUUUUUGGCAAGAUACCAGUACGUUUAAAGACAUCUUCAAUGAGCCUGGUUUUAUUAAAGCUCUGGAAGGUGAUGUCCAUAUCGUUAGUGACUUGCCUGAAAGUUUGCAAUCUGCUCCAAGAGCUCGGAAGCACUUUACUUCAUGGUCUGGUGCGAGCUAUUACGAGGAUGUGAAAGAACUUUGGAAGGAUCACAAGGUAGUUCACAUCCCAAAAUCUGAUUCACGGCUUGCAAACAACGGUCUUCCGGUUGAUAUCCAGAGACUAAGAUGCCGCUGUCUUUACCAAGCAUUGCGUUUCUCAGAUCCAAUCGAGGACCUUGGAAAGAAGCUUGUGGAGCGUCUAAAAUCACGUGGAAAGUUUAUUGCUCUUCAUCUACGAUAUGAAAAAGAUAUGCUAGCAUUCACGGGCUGCACUUAUGGUCUGAGUAAAUCCGAAGCGGACGAAUUGAGAAUCAUGAGAGAGAAAACAAGCCAUUGGAAACUGAAGGACAUAAACUCAACUGAACAGAGAUCUGGAGGUAAUUGUCCAUUGACUCCACACGAGGUGGGGAUGUUUCUACGUGCGAUGGGAUAUACCAAGUCCACUUGGAUCUACAUUGCAGCUGGUGAAAUUUAUGGUGGUGAUAAGUAUAUAUCAAAAUUGAGAUCGUAUUUUCCAAACUUGGUUAGCAAGGAAGUGCUGGCAACAAAAGAAGAGCUUCAGAAGUUUAAGAAUCAUGCUUCUCAAGUUGCAGCACUUGACUACAUUAUUUCAGUGGAAAGUGAUGUGUUUAUUCCAUCACACUCCGGCAAUAUGGCAAGAGCUGUUGAGGGCCAUCGUAGAUUUCUGGGUCAUCGCAAGACUUUGACUCCUGAUAGGAGAGGAUUAGUGGAACUCUUUGGCUUGCUUGAAAAAGGAGAACUUAUGGAAGGUCCUAAGCUGUCCUCACUUGUUACUAAAAUGCAUAAAUACAGGCAAGGCGCCCCAAGGAAGAGAUAUGCGUCCUUGCCUGGGAGCAAGGGCAGAGCACGUCUUAGGACAGAGGAAUCCUUUUACGAAAACCCAUUCCCAGAGUGCAUCUGCCUGACUGGGAAGCAUUGA